GAACCCUGGAUCUUCCCGCGGCCCAUCCUGCUUUUCCUGCUUCGGAUGGAAUUUGAGGUCUGGGCGACAUCGUCUGAUGACGGUCUUUCUCCGGGAUAAGCAAAGAGACAUGGAACCCAAGAAAGAAAUAACCAUGCCAUUCCUAACUGAUGACCUGGUGGUGGAGAUUCUGUCUCGGUUGCCGCUGAAAUCCUUUUGCCGAUUCAAGUGUGUUUGCAAGUCCUGGCUUGCCUUCUCAUCUGAUCCACAUCACAGCCAGAAGCUCCCAAGAACUCCAGUUGGUCUCUUGUACCAAAGGUGCGAUUAUCGCAGUCCCAUCCAUCUCGCCGGACUUCCGUCAAGUGGCAGGGAAAUAGACACAGCUCUUUGUUUUGUGCCAAGUUAUCAUCAUCUAAGGUUAAUGGAUUGUAGCAACGGCCUACUCCUGUGCUGUUAUGAAGGUUUCACAGGAUAUUUUCCAGAUGUUUCACGUUCCGUUGUGUGCAAUCCGGCAACGAAAGAGUGGAUGUUUCUCCCACAUACUCAACCUGGAUCAGAUUCUGAUUAUCAUGUCGUGUUGUGCUUUGAUCCAUUAUGGUCCCAACACUUUUAUGUCUUCAAAUUCCAGAAGAGGCGUUCGUCGCAUCCUGUAGACCAACCAAUCAAUGAAUUUGAGAUAUUCUCCUCUCAGGAUCUCUUAUGGCAUAGUAGUCUCCUGGAAAGUGAAAUUAGUUUUCAUGGUCGAUCACACUUCAUUCACGGGGUGUUGUAUGUUGAGCACUCGUCGGAUCGUUGUGUCCUUGCAAUGGAAAUAAAUGCAAUGGCCACAAGCAUACAACUGCUCAAACGAAGGAUUAUUCAGCUGCCAGGAUUCUCUGUCAUGCCAGAGAUGUUCCAUUGUUGUCAUGGCCGCGUUGCCCAGUCAUCAGGGGUCUUGUGCUAUGCGCAGCAACAAAUAGAUGGUUGCAUGAUGCAAAUUUGGAGUUUGGAAGGCUCUUCGUCUGAGAGGUGGGUGGUGAAGCAUCGGCUAAAUAUGAUCGAUGCAUUUGGGAGGGACAUCUUGGUCCACACUGAUUCUUCUGGAUCCUUGUGGUCCAAUUAUUACAUCUUGGCUUUUGACCUUGAUAGAGAGGUUGUUAUCCUGGGGGAGCAUGGCACUUGGAAAUUCCUCUUGUUUACCAUCAGUACCAAAAAACUCUUAGAGCUUCAGACUCCCACAACCUGUGAACUGUCCUAUAAAUUUUACUACGUGCCAUACUACUGCAAGCUUUCCAGCUUCAGUGCGUCAAGGGAUUUAAGAUGAAUGUCAGCUUGCAAAUAUGUAUCUUAUGAGUGCUGUAAUCUGUAAGCAUUCUUAGUGCUUUAAGGGGCUCAAGAAUGUUAGCCAAGUCGUGUAUAUUAUGCUAUGAAGGUUGUACUUUGUAAUCGUUUUUACGUGCAUUAGCUGCACCAAACAACUGUUAUGUGUGUAUGAGAUCGCUGGAUUGCUGGCUUUGUGUGCCAA